GCGAUGAUGGCGGUAUAUCUAUGCGCGAUGCGCCGCGACCACCCUCGGGCCCAAGUGGAGGACCCGUGCGCACGCUUGCCGGUUUCUUCGCGUUUCUUUUAAGUGACCCAGCUACAGUGUUUCAUUUCUGAAGUGUACUUGGUCGUGCUGUCGUCUGAAGUCUGCAGGACUGAUUCUCUCGAGUACGAAUAAUUGAGGGGAACUCAACACAUAUUAACAACUAAGAAAGCACUUUAUUGCAAAACUACUUCUACUUCUACUUCUCCUUCUGUCUAAUUCUUGGGGACACAUGUGGGCGAGACGAACUGGAGCAGGCAGUUGGACUAUCCACAGUGAAACGAACACUACUAGCGGAAUUUGGACUCGGUGACCGAGAGGUGGCGGACGCGCUUUCCGCAGUGCCCGCCCCAGGAGGUCUGAUUCAGACAGCGGAGGUUGUGCAGCAGCUCCAAGCGCGAGGAUAUCAACCAGCAGGAGCAGACGCUGGAGGUAUCCAGCAACAUGGUAGCAGUGAUAUGAAUAUGAUGAGAGGAACCGCGGCAAGAGAAAAC